CCUUUGAAACGCUGGCAAUGGAUGAGAGCAACAACCUGUAAAAACAUUGUUUUUUACCCUCCGAUUGCUGUUAUCUCACCAUUUAAAGUUAAUUAAUUAAAUUUAAGUCAAUAUCCUAGAGCUGUGUGCCGAAUAAACGGCCAAUUUGACUCAGGAAAGCUGGCGAAAGCGGACGAAGAACAUGGAAAAUGUUAACAACGACAACGGAGAUGGGAACCAAGACUAUGAUUCAAGUGAUAGCGAACUUGAAUCCCUUGGUUUAGACGCGAAUGUUCCUUUAGAUAUACCGCCAAGAGAUAUUCCUGUUCGUCACAUAAGAGCUUUAAGUGAUCCUCUGCAUUCUGCCCUYAAACACCGCCCGAGUUUCCCAGACGAAGAACGYUUGCCAGGACCWAGCAGCAUGAAACGUAGUUCUGAAGUGAACGAGACUGCGAAUUCUAGAGUUGUGAGCUCAAAUAUGGGAAAGGGAAAGCCWAAAGACAUGGAUAAAUUGAUAUUGAUUGUAGAUGGCACUCGUUUCGUUGUCGAAAGGUCGUUAUUUAUUGCUCAUCCUAACACRAUGCUGGGAAGGAUGUUUGGAUCAUCCAAUGACUACACGGCCAGAAAUGAUAAAGGAGAGUUUGAAGUUGCUCAUGGRAUUUCAGCUGCCCUGUUUAAAUGCAUUCUAGAUUAUUAUAAAACUGGCAUGAUAAACUGCCCACCAAGUAUCUCAAUUCCUGAGCUGAGAGAAGCCUGUGAUUAUCUUCUUCUUCCUUUCAAUGCCAACAUUGUAAAAUGUCAGAAUUUACGUGAGUUACUUCACGAAUUAUCAAAUGAUGGAGCAAGGAAUCAAUUUAUUGAGUUUUUAGAAGAGUUCAUUGUUCCUGUMAUGGUAUCAGCUGCUAGGAAAGGUAACAGAGAAUGCCAUAUYGUGAUACUUGCUGAGGAAGAUAUUGUUGAAUGGGAUCGUGAAUAUCCACCAAGCAUGGGCGAAGAAUAUCAUCAAAUUAUUUACAACAACCGACUACACAGAUUCUUYAAGUAUUUUGAGAACAGAGACGUGGCUAAAGAUGUGUUAAAGGAGAGAGGUUUAAAGAAGAUACGACUAGGAAUUGAAGGAUAUCCUACUCACAAAGAAAAGAUAAAACAGAGACCCAAUGGUGGCCGGCUUGAAGUGAUUUACAACUAUGUCCAGAGGCCAUUUGUCAGRAUGUCUUGGGAAAAAGAAGAGAGUAAAAGCCGGCAUGUUGACUUUCAGUGUGUCAAGCAAAAGACUGGUGUGCCUGGUCUUGUAGAAGCUGUUGAUGAGCCUGCAGCCUUAGCUGCCGCAGGUGCAAUAAACGCACCACGCCCACCUCCGGUAGUCCUUGGUGCAUAYCCAGAGGACUACGAGUAAAUAAUGGAGAAUUAUUCAUUAUGGAAGUAUGGUAACGUCAUGCAAUAUUGCAUAGUAUAUGCCGUAACAUUAUGCAUUGUUCUUGGUAUGCAAGUUACAUCAUAGGUACCAUGUUGGAUGAAGACAACAUAGCAUUUAUCAUUAGCUUCUGUUGUUCAGUCAUCCGAUAUAGCAUCAAUUGAUGUGCUCAUAUUUCUCAAGGAAUUCUUGGUAAUAUGGUUGCACACCAAGAAUUUCAUAGUGUACUAGUAACAUCACCAAUUAUUGCAAAGUAUAUGAUUAUAGUUAGUUAGAGGCAUGCAAUAUUGCAUAGUAUUAUAUGGUAACAUCGUCCGUUAGGAUAUAUGACAGUAUAUUUAUAUAAUAAAUAUUGCAUAUAUGGCAGUAUUUUGCAUAAUAAAUAUUUCAUUGUGACAUAGCAUGCAUACUAGCAUACAUGAGUAAGAUAUGGCUGAUUGCAGCUUCAGUCAGUUUUUUUACCAACCUCAGCACCUGACUCACCCUCCAAUCUCUCUGUUUUUGGGGCUGUAGUCAUUGGCUGUGCUAUUACAGGUGCCUAACUAAAAGGCAGUUCAAAAUAUAAAAUAGAAUUAUCAAAAUUCAAUUAGUAAAUGAGACAGCAAAAAUCAAAAGAUUGGAAAGAUGUGAUACUCAUUUUGAAAAGGGCUUGAUUGAUAAAUAAAUACAGGGCUAAUGUUAGUGCGGCCACCUCUUGCUGCUUUAAAGAUUGAAGAAAGAAAUAUCAAAACCUCUGGACUGAAUUUGAAAUAACUCCAAAACUAGAAAGCUUUUAGAGUGCAUCUUUGAAAUCAAACUGCGCAAUUGAUUACAAAAUCAUUUGUCUUCUGUUGAGGUUAGAUUGUAAACUAAAACCAUAAAAAAGUCACCUAUCAUUAAGCAGUGCUAAAUUCUAAUGAAUUAUGUCAGAUAACUCCUUUUAAUUGUGUAACCCACACUGUUUAGUGCUAUUUAGUACUAUUUGGUUAGUUCUUUUUCUCGCUUUUAGUGUGUGCACAUUAUAGUACAAACACUAAAACUGUGCAACAUAAAUACCACUAAAUACUGCUAAAUAUUAUGCUAAUUCUAUUGUUUAAGUAACACUAUUUUGUAGUAAAUAUCGGAAACUGUUGCACACAUUUAAUGUUUGUACUCUAGUGCACUUAUGUACAAUUUAUUACGAAGCAUCAAAGAUAAAAUGAACGGUGCCAAACUUUUGGUAAUUUAAAUGUAGAUAAUUUAAGUAAUUUUUUUAAGUAAAAAAAUUUUGUAUAUAAAAAUUCAUUGUCAUAAAAACUUUUCAAGUUCUGUUUUCUGUUAGAGAAAUCACAGAACAUUUCAUAUAGUUCAAGCAUAGUUAGUAUUAAAGCAAUUACCAAUUGUCGUUGCCUUUCAAAAGAAAAAACAACAAUUGCCACAUAGAUGACAUUUGGAUUUAAGGCACUGUGGAACAAUUGAAGCUAAAGCAUUGAAAUCAUCUGUAAUAGUCAGAGAAAAUUUGUAACGAACAAAAGAAAUAGAUGUCAAAAUAAAUAGAUUAUUUUAUAGCCUU